GAUGAAGAAAAAGGAACCAGUAGGAGACGAUGAGUCUGUACCAGAGGAAGCCCAGAACCUGGAGGACCUAACAGCUGAAACGCUAUCGGCGCUGACAGUAACACAGAUCAAAAAGGUGCAUUUGCUUGUGGACGAGGCAGUGGAGAAAACUGACCGGGAGAKRRUGAARCUGGAGGCGGAGAGGUUCGAGUAUCUGAGGGAGAUCGGCAACCUCCUGCAUCCRUCUGUACCGGUCAGCAAUGACGAGGUAGGCAGUGGAUCACACCAAAUGGAUCUAGUAAUAAUAGUGUUUAAAUCUGCAGGUGCAUCUUUCUCAUCUAUAUUCAUGAUUUAGCACAUGAUGGUACCA